UUGUUCAAGAUAGGUUUGGUGCUAAAUAUCAUUAUCUUACGGAUAAUAGCCAUUGCAAAGAUAGAUAAUGAAAUUGCCCAUUACAAGAGGAAGACAAUUUUCUAGAAAAUAUUUCAAAUAUGUCAUGUUUGAAGCAACCAAAGACAGUUCUUUUACAAGGAUACUCUAUAAAGCAUGAACAAACAUUUUUACUAUUGGGUUCCUAUGAAGAGAUAUAGUAAUUGGUUAUUCUCAUAAUUUUAACAGCUAGAUGAUGAAGGACCAACAAUAGAACCAGUAAAACACAUUUAUAUAAUGACCAAGUAAAUUAUAUGGCAUUAUAGUUCCUUAAUUUUAGCCUUUUUUUUAAGGGAUAAUGACUUGAGAGGGUAACAUACUUUUGAAUUUGGUCACUGAACUUUUUUUCGUGCUCUAUUAACCCUUAAACUUGUUGAAUUGUGCUAAUUUUCCCCUUAUGACCGGGUUUAGCCGGUUUCAAAGGGUUUAUUGAUCCUACGUGUAUUUUUGUAUCCUACGUGGCGAAAGAGGUGGCAUGUAGGCCCCGAUUUUUCGUCUCCUUCUCGUUAAACCACACCCCGAAGUCUCAUUUGGUCCUUAAACUCGACUAGGGCACAAAAUUCUCCAUCAAUCCUUCGUCUCCUUCAAUCGUUCUGUAGAAUGGCAUCAUCUCCAAAUCCUACUGACCAGAACUUCAUUGUAGUAGAUUUCCACUACAAUGGUCAGUUUGCCCCCAAUCCAUUAGUUUACUUUGAUCUCGACAGAGCAUCAGUGCGAGAUGUUGACUUCAGUGGGUUUGGGUAUGAGCAAUUCAUGGAAUUCCUUCACAAGCUCACCAAAUCGAGAAGCAAAGACAUCUAUUUCUGCCUUCCACAAGAGUCUUUAGGUCUUGGAAUUCAUACACUGGUGAACGAGGGUGAUUACAAGGAAUUUUUGGAUUUGGCAUAUGCUAAUGACAAGAGAAUGAAUGUAUAUGUGGAUCACCAUAAUGAACCUAUCUUCGACUGGAUUGAGGCUGAGGAAAGUGAAAGUGAAAACGAAGACUUAGAUGAAGAUGAGGAUUCAGUUAUUCAAGAUUCAUAUUCUGUUGAUCAUGAAGAAGAUGAUGCUACCUAUCCAUUUCCAGCAAACAAAACUACACAUGAUAGAUUUUUAAACAUCCUUUGUGAACCUAUAGAGAGUGAAGAUCAAGAUGAUGAAUACGUGCCACCCCAAUACCCUAUGUAUGAUGAGAGACAGCCAUGGGAUCAGAUGAAACCAAUUAUAGGUAUGCGAUUUUCUAACCCUACUGAGCUUAAACAUAUGUUAAGCAAUUAUGCAGUUGCUAAUGGGUAUGAUCUAUGGUUUGAAAAAAAUGACUCUAAUAGAUUGUUAGUGAAAUGUUGCAAAAAGAAUAAGUCACCAUCUUGCCCUUUCAGACUAUAGGCCUCCUGGAUGAGUAAAGAAAAGACUUUUCAAAUCAAAUCUCUAGUGAAUGAACAUAAUUGUUGUAGGGUGUUUAAGUUUGGGUCAAUUGUAAGUUAUAGAUGGAUAGGGAUACAUUUUAUGAGUCAAAUUAUAGAGAACCCAAAAAUUAGUACAAGGAAGAUGAAAUUUAAAGUGUCAACAACAUUCAACAUAAAUGUGAGUGUGGGGCAAUGCAGAAAUGCAAAGAAAUUUGCAUUACAAGAGAUUGAAGGAAGUCUAAUUGAACAUUAUGGGAGAUUGUGGUCAUAUGGUGAGGAAAUUAUCAGGUCAAAUCCUGGGUCUACUGUGAGAUUGGAUGUAGACAUCAUGCCAGAUUCCACAACUUUGUUUUCCAAGUUUUAUGUGUGUUUCAAAGCUGUAAGGGAUGGUUGGUUAGAAGGGUGCAGGCCUGUAAUUAGGCUUGAUGGUUGCUUUUUAAAGGGUAUAGUUAGAGGAGAAGUUCUUUCAGCUGUUGGGAGAGAUGCAAACAACCACAUCUACCCUUUAACAUGGGUUGUGGUAUGUGUUGAGAAUAAAGAAACAUGGAAGUGGUUCAUAGAUUUGCUUAUGGAUGACAUUAAUGGUGGUCUUGGUGCAGGCAUUACCCUUCUUUCUGAUGGACACAAGGGGUUAUUACAAGCAGUUAAGGAAAGAUGUCCAGAAGCUGGACAUAGGCAAUGUGCUAGACACAUUGUGGCCAAUUUUAAUAAAAGGUUUACUGGUCAAGCAUACUUAAAGUUAUUUUGGAGGGUUGUAAGGGCUAACAGAGAUCCUACUACCUGGUCUAAGGCAUUCUUUCAAGAAGGAAGAGAUUGUGAUGCUGUGGAGAAUGGGGUCAGUGAGAGUUUCAAUUCUGCUAUUAGGCAUGCUAGAAGGAGACCUAUAAUCACUAUGCUGGAGGAGAUUAUGUUAUUUGUGAUGGAAAGGAUAUACACUCAGAGAGUUGAAGGAAUGGAAUGGGAUUUGCUUAUAUGCCCAACUAUUAGGAAGCAUAUAGAAGAGCUGAAGGUUAAACAGAGAUUGUGGGGAGUUACUCCUUGUGGUUAUCAAAAGUAUGAGGUUAGAUUCACUGAUGUUGCAUAUGGAGUGGAUCUAAUUGCAAAGAAGUGUGCCUAUAGAAUAUGGCAACUUACAGGGAUACCAUGCUUACAUGGAGUGGCAGUAAUCUCUUACUUAAAUCAUGAUGCAGAGACAUAUGUGACCCAAACAUACACUACUGAGGCUUACCUAGAAUGCUACAAAUAUAGUAUUAAUCCUCUCAAUAGUAGUGAUAUGUGGCUAGAUGUUCCAUACCAUAAGCCUUUGCCUCCCAAAAGAAGAAGAUUACCUGGUAGGCCAUCAGUGAAAAGGAAGAGGGAUGCAAUUGAACGAGAGUUAACUAGACCAAGUAGACAAACUGUCUCAAGAAGGGGAAGCAUGAUAAAGUGUGGUAUUUGUAAGGAACCAGGUCACAACAAGAAAAAGUGUCCAUCUAACCAGCAAAGCAAUACAUCAGUACCAUGUUCAUCCAGGGGCAGUGGAGCAGACCCAAGUUUAUCCAGGGGCAAUGAAGGACCACCACCUACAACCCAACCACCUCCUCCACCACCUCCUGCAGCCCAACCACCACCACCACCUGCAGCCCAACCACCACCACCACCACCACCUGUAGCCCAACAACCUCCUCCACCACCACCUGUAGUCCAACAACCUCCUCCACCACCACCACCUGCAACCCAACAACCUCCUCCACCACCACCUGCAGUCCCCAUACCAAGAAGAAGGGUCCCAGUUAGUAGAAGUGGAAGGAGGAAAUAUUCUGAACGGAUCAUCAAACAAGCAUUAAGGAGGCAGAUACCUGGGGUUGGGAGCAAUGCAGAUAACCCUUCAGUUAUUGAUUAA